CUCGCAGCAGCAGUAGCGGCGGCUUCUCAAUGCUCGGUCCAAUUGCAAUGUAGCAGUGGUAGUGAGAGGUGGUCGGGGGCUGGAAUCCAGGAGGAGAGUCGGGAAACCGGGGUCUGGAGGCAGGAGCUGCUGGGCGCAGGUGUAGUUCCCUGAAGAAUCUACAGGAGAAUUUUUAAGCACUUGCACUGGACAAGCUGGUAGCAAAAGCCUGUGUAGGGACUUCGUGUUGCUUUAAAUAAAAACCUUCAUUACCACAUGAGAUUUCCUUUCUGAGAAAGAGGGUGGCUCUUCUCACCUCCACUGAUAACCAGGCUGCCGUGCAAGAAGUUUGAAAGGGGAAUUGGACAGGGUGAGAAGGCAAAUGGCAAGUCAUUAACGAAGCCCCUCAUAAUUAUCUGGGACUCCAUGAAAGCAAGGAAUCUUUCCAUUCUGGAGAAGAGAGAUAAUUUGAAGACUUAGAUUUUUUUCAGUUCUCUGAUCCUUCCAACUUUCUGGAUAGGAGGAACUGGCUGGGAGGCUGAAUUAAAACCAUUUCUAUUUUUUAUUUGUUUUAAAGCUGGAAUCCAAAUAAAUCUCAAACUGUUUUUAAAGACUUUAAUUUAUGAAGUGCCUUUCAGAAGAAUUUUUUUUUCCAUCCACUUUAAAGAGCAAUUGACAUAUUCGUGGCAGUUGCAGUAAGAACUGGGACUGAAAUCAGGAGGACAUUAAUUUGAGAAGAUUCUCCAAAAGUUACAAACCAAAGAAGCAAAAUAGUUACAGCAUUUUAUACUGAACUUUGUGCCCCAACAAUUUUAGGCUGCGGGGAGAACUCUGGGAAAAGCAAAUCAGAGUUAAUUUGAUCUUACUAGAAGCUGCUGCAGUUUUUCUGCUGGCUCCGUGGUUGGCACCUCCAGUUCUGAAUUGUGCUUGAUGGGGGUUUUUGUUAAGGGAGCAGGCCUUGCAGCUAAGGACAGUAUUGUGGAACUGGGGGGAUUAGCAUUUAUAUCCCACAAGCCAUAUUGGCUUGACCCCCAAUCAAAAGGCUUUUUCUCUAACCACUGCCUUCUGUAGUGUAUCAAGGGUUGAAGGCUGGAGAAGUACUGUAUAAUCUUGCACCAUGACAUCCAAACUGGAGCAAAAGGAAGCUCAUCACACCAAUGGAGUGGUGCUACCCAUUGUUGCAGGGCCUAUAGAGUGUCUUUCCAGCCCUGAUCGAGAACACCUCGUCGAAUCUUCUGAGUUUUUAGGACCUGAAGAAGAAGGAGAAGUAGAGGUGGUGGUGAUUGAAUCCCGAGCCAAUGCCAAAGGGGUGCGUGAGGAGGAUGCCCUGCUGGAAAAUGGCAGUCAAACUACUGAGAGCGAUGACACCAGUACAGACCGAGGUCCAGAACCAACCUCUCCUCUCAAAGAGACCUCCUUUUCCAUUGGACUGCAAGUCCUCUUUCCUUUCCUGCUGGCAGGGUUUGGGACAGUAGCUGCUGGGAUGGUGCUAGAUAUUGUGCAGCACUGGGAUGUCUUCAAGUAUGUAACCGAAGUAUUCAUCUUGGUUCCAGCACUUCUGGGACUGAAAGGGAACUUGGAGAUGACACUAGCUUCUCGACUUUCUACAGCUGCUAAUAUUGGGCAAAUGGAUACUCCUAAAGAGCUCUGGAAGAUGAUAACGGGGAACAUGGCACUGAUACAGGUUCAAGCAACAGUGGUUGGUUUUCUGGCCUCGAUUGCUGCAGUGAUAUUUGGCUGGAUUCCAGAUGGACACUUCAGCAUGGGCCAUGCUGUUCUUCUUUGUGCCAGCAGUGUGGCCACAGCCUUCAUAGCCUCUCUCGUGCUGGGCAUGAUCAUGAUAGGCGUAAUCAUUGGCUCCAGGAAGAUGGGCAUCAACCCUGACAAUGUGGCAACACCUAUUGCUGCCAGUCUUGGCGAUCUCAUCACCCUUGCUCUGCUCUCGGGGAUCAGCUGGGGCCUCUACAUAGAACUAGAGGCCAAGCCCUAUGUGAAUCCCCUGGUCUGUGCUUUUUUUGUUGCAUUGUUGCCCCUUUGGAUCAUCAUUGCAAAGAGGAAUCCAGCAACCCGGGAGGUGCUGUACUCUGGCUGGGAGCCCGUCAUUAUUGCGAUGGCUAUUAGCAGUGUUGGAGGGUUGAUAUUAGAUAAAACUGUAUCGGAUCCAAAUUUUGCAGGGAUGGCCGUCUUUACCCCAGUUAUAAAUGGUGUUGGCGGCAAUCUGGUGGCUGUCCAGGCUAGUCGCAUCUCCACUUACCUCCACAUGAAUGGGAUGCCUGGAGAAAGCUCAGAGAUAGUCCCCCGCAAGUGCCCAAGCCCUUGCAGUUCUUUCUUCAGUUCAGAUGUGAAUUCCCGGUCUGCUCGGGUGCUCUUCCUACUGGUGGUUCCUGGCCACUUGGUUUUCCUUUAUACCAUCAGCUCCAUGCAAGGAGGCCACACAACACUCACCUUGAUCUUUAUAGUUUUCUACAUGACUGCAGCACUACUCCAGGUUCUCAUUCUUCUUUACAUUGCUGACUGGAUGGUCCACUGGAUGUGGGGCAGAGGCAUGGACCCUGACAACUUUUCAAUACCUUAUUUGACAGCACUGGGUGACUUGCUUGGAACAGGUCUCCUGGCACUCAGCUUCCAUAUCCUCUGGCUCAUUGGGGACCGGGACACAGAUGUGGGAGACUAAAAACAUCCUUUCCUCAGCUUCUCUGCUCUCCAGUUCAUCAUCUACAGUGACAUUCCCCCCUCCCCUUCACAAUGCCUUGCUGCCACCCUCUGUCUCCCUUUGGGACUUUAACUUUGAUACUGGAUUCUCAUUAUUUUCAAUGGGAAUUGUAUGUGGUUUAUAUUUCAAGCCAAGUUUGUACAGAAAAAAAUAGUUUUAGGAAGGAGAAAAUAAGAAAAAUGUGUAAAGACAAUCACCAAGUGCAAUUUCAUAGUGGUUAAUAUCUGAAUUAUAGGAUAUAUAGAGACCGAUUGAUCAACAAAUUUUAAAGAAAUUCAACCUUCCACAUUUUGCACCCACUCAAGGCAGUAGUUGUAGAGUACCACAUAUGUACAUGUGUUUGUGUGUGUCUGUGUGCGUGUGCGUGUGUGUGUGAGAGAGAGAGAGAGAGAGAGAGAGAGAGAAUUUGCAUAUUCUCUUGGCACAAAAGAGUUCUAUGUCUAUGGUCACCACUGGGUCCUGACAUUGAUUAAAUGGCUUUUACACCAUGCAUACUCACUCCUGCUUACCUACACUAGUAAUCUGUCUGAUCUGGCCAGAAACUGAACACUCGGCUGUGAAAACUGCAUGGCAAUUGGUAAAUAAUGAAUCAGUUAUUGUGCUGUUUUGCUUCCUGUCCCAUGCUGGUGACUGCAAAUUGCUCUCUUAUCUUGAAAGAAGAUAAAACUACCUAAAAUAAUAGUCUACUCCUACCAAUCAUUCCAAAUCCAUUUUUUGUUCAUGAGACCAUGAAAUCCUGGCUCAGGAAGAAAUGCUUAUCUUAUGCUUAAAUCUCUUAAAUUGGCUGUGGAUUGGCCAUUUUACACUACUGUUCUAGUCCAACAUCCGCCUAACAGCUUGAGAACAAUGUGACUUGUUGUUAUAAGGCAUUAAACUUGCAAAAACAUGGCAAUCCAUUAAACAAAGGUGGACACAAAGUAUAGUGUACUCUUGACUGCCUAUCCCUAGUAUGGAGAGUUGGGUUUUCAUCAUUUUAUGUAUCCUGGAUGCUUGCUUGUCUGCUGCCUUUUACAACCUAUUGUCUCAAUCAUCCUACUGUUUCCUUGUUUGUGAAUGGUUCAUAUGAAUCUGCAAAACCAUGAACUAAUGGACUUAAUGCCCUCAUUAUCUCUAAAUCUUAAAUGCCUGAUAAUGAGAUGAGUCUAAAUUUAUGAUGCAGAACUAUGUGGCUAUAAUUUUAAGCCAACUCUGUGAUAGGGAUGCCUUGAGAUUUUGAGCACUCAACACAAGUUUGUUGGAUAUAUCUAAAACAAGAUGCAUACUGGAUAGUACUUUGAAUCAACACAAUGAUUUUACUUUGUUCUCUCAUACCAUGAUACAGUCGGGUCAUAUCAAAUGCCUUUGCACACAUACGGGGUAAAAAGGUCUUCACUUGUAUGUUUAACACUUCGUUAGCCUAGUGGUCCAAACUUGGCACAAUGUUUUUUUUUAUCUGGAAUGUAUGACACUUUACUGUACCUUUCAGUCCCUUAGUAGAUCCAAGUCUGGGGAAACUAGAGUGAAACACUUCAGAUGUAUUUGCUGACUCUGUACUGGAAUACUCUUUUAAGGCUUUGAUCUGUGCAAGCAGGGAGAUGGUGGGUACAGGUCAGAUUCUGUGAACAGAGAUUUCCACUUCUGGUGGCUGCCCUGCUCUUCACAGAGUGCUAUCUGAUGUUGCCACUGGAAUAGUGUAUCAGAGAGCCAGCAGUGCUUGAAGUGAAUGAAAAUGAGCAGAAAUACUAGCUUCCGAAAUGCUCCUGGUCACUGAGCUUGCAGAAGAGAUCUCUGCUGAAUUGUCCCAAUCAGAAUUGAAUUCUGUUUGUUUCUGAGGUUGCUUUGGAAAGUAUAAACUCCUUUCUGUGCUAGUGGUGGAUCCCACCGAUACAGAAGAAUGAGUGGCAAUGCAACAGAAGUACUGAAAUACCUUUGAGUCCUGCAUCUGACACUACAUUGCAUAUGCCGGUGGAAUCCUUGCACAAGUAAAUUAAAAUAUGUAAUUGGAAACAGAAAAAUUGCAUACAUAAAAUAGGUGUGCCAAGGGUAUAUCCUUUCAUUCAUUAAAAAUCUGGGCUCUUCCUAGGAAGCAUGAGGACUUAUGCUGGAUUUAGUUUGGUACUGGAUUCAGCAGAGUUGCCUAGAUUUUAAUAGUGUGUAUGUCAUGCCUACCUCUUUUUAUAAGGAAUACUUGUCAAAUGCAUUCCCCCACUGCAAAGCUUCAGCUUCCCCAUAAUGAUACAUCAUUUUAUAGUAAGUUUGACUCUUUCCCCUUUUUGCUUUAAUUCCUCAAUAAAGCUGAAGCAAAAAGUAGUAUGUGGUAUUCCUGUAUUGCAGUGAAUGUGUAAAGAAGGCUGGGCCCCUAAAUCUGACUCGAUACUUUCCACAGGCCCAAGUAUAGAUUUGAAUACCUGUUGCCUUCAGAAACAUGGCUUGCCCUUUCUUUAUACAUGAAGCAUAACAGGGCAACUGUUGCUAGCAACAAGACCCUUUGUUGGGCUUAAGCUGUUUGCUGCAGCAUAAGGGCUUUUUUGUACUAUUUGGAUCUGGGCCUUGGGGCUAUUCUUAGAGGCAGCACAGUGGCAAUGUAGGGGUCUUAAAGUGUGAUCAAAUUAGCGUUUUUAAAGGAAAUUAGUACCAAAAUGCUACAAAAUGAGUUCAAACUGACUACAAGAUGCAAUCCUCAAAGUGAGUGUUGUCCUAUAGCUUCAAUAGGCCAUUCCAGCAUUCAUAUUUUAAGCUACCAUCAAGAGAAAAAGCUAUGAUCAUACUGCAGAGAUGUUUAUGGGGUAAUUCUUUCAUCCUGCAUGGCAAGGUGGCCUUAGGUAGAAGCAAUGGAUGGUGAUGCAGAUGUCAUGUUGCCUUUCUUCUGUGAAUGGCAGUUCUUGCACUGCUGGAAGUGGCAUCCUUUAGCCCAAUUACAUUGCAAUACUUUGUUUCUGCUUAAUAAGGGACUUGCCAAAAUAGCUUAACAUUCAAACCAACUCAAGACUUAUUCUGCCUCCUUCUGUUAAAUCUUAAGCAUUUAAAAGUGUCUCAUCAGCAUGUACUGUGGAAGCAUCCAGUAUUUCAGUUUUCUAACACUUGCACAGUUUCUUUAUAUGUGAAGCACCCUUUGUACAACUCCCCCCCGCCAUCAUUCCAUAUGUGUCCUUAGUUAAGGUCUAUUUCUGUACAUCUCACUGAAGGGUUAAACUCUCCUGGUCUUGAGGGCAGCAAUUAACCGUAGAUCCAGAGCUGGAGUGUUUGUGCUGCUUGGGUGAAAUCCCUAAAUUACUGUCUGCAAAUGGGUAAGGUGGCAGAGCAAAAUGGGAGUGUAUGAACAGAAUGUAAUCUCAAAGUAUUGAAGAAUUUUAUUCUCACCAGUUGCACUCAAAUGCAUGCAUAUUUAGACUUGGCUGCAAAUGAUGGAAUUAUUGGUUUACACCUUUAUUAAAACAGAUACACAAACAAAAUGAAAACCACCUUUAAUUAUUUAUAGUUACUGUAACUGAAUUGACAGGUGCCAAUUUAACUGAUAAAUUAUAUUUGGUAAAAUAAAGAUUACAUUUAUUUA